AUGGACAACAACUCACUCCAGAAAUCUUCAUCGAGCUCAUUAGCUCAAAGAAUUGGCAAGUCGAAGCCAACGAACACUUCUACAUUGCCACCAGAGAGGAACAGGGACAGAGGCUCACAAUCUGGGCCUACUCCCACGAAGUAUAUAACUACCUUGAGGCAUAUUGGCCAAAAAGAAUUAACACAGUCCAGUAUCAAGCGCUCUCCUGUAUGGACUGGAAAUACCAACUUGAUGCCAGAGGAAAAAUCAUGGAAAUCAGAAGGGAUGGGCAACAGACAAUCACCUUCUGGAUUCCACACCAAGAAAUCACCAACUGGGGGCAACCAGCCUCCACCAUCCAUGAGACAUUUCCCCUAUUCGCUGCAAUCCACAACUGCUCCACCAUCAGUACACCAGAGCAGUAUGACCUCUUUAACUGGGCAAGAGCCUACAAAAUUGACACCACUGCAAGUCAGAACCUUGAAGAAAGGAAGAAGGUUGGCAGGAAAGGGCCUGCCAAAAAACGAAAUAAGUCAAUACUCCGAGGAGUCAACCAAGAAGAAAUCAUCCUCGAGUGGGACGACUCCGACUCCGGCUCAGACAAAGAGUCAGUCACCUCAGUCGCCACCGCCACAACAUGGUCCUCAGAUCAAGAAAAACCAGUGGAAGAAACAGGAGUUACCCCAUACCCAGAAUUCCUGUGUAGAAACGAAGCGAAGAUACGCUGGUUCCAAGAUAUCUGCCACUCCCUCGACGAAGAAGAGAAAGAUGGAAUUAGAAAGUGGCAGGAAGAGUGCGAGCGAAAACCAGGAUAUGACGCUCUUGGAUCCUGGGUCUACACCAACGACGAGGAUGGAUGGGUGUUCCGAACGGUGGAACAACAGCUCCGAAAGCCCACCAUCAAGGAAGAGGAAGUCUUCUGGCCCCACACCGGCUCCCGAGCCGAAGAAGUCAAAAAAUACGCCAGUAGAUACCGGUACGAUGAAGAGUACUGGUACCGCCAAAGACAAGAAGAGGCGGACUUCCUUUACAUCAGUCGACGGUGGAACGAAGCUCAGCAAUUUGAAGAAGAAAGCCGUCGGCGAAGAGGACCUAGUAAGUGGGAAAGUGGACAGUCCGAUUACUAUCCCGAGUCCGUCCACCACUCCCAAGACACCAACAAGUGGCGAACCGCUAAAAAACUCGCCGCUGAACCCUGGUGGUAACUUGGAUGAUGAGGUAGACUUUAACUUUUGGUUGAACGAUACGUUCGCGAAGGAUCUGGCAAUAGCGAACGAGUUGAGCGAAGAAACGGCGAUACUGAACGAACUGACGGUGGAAAGGCCUCGGGACGUUGAUGAAAACUCUCUGGCUGGCGCGAAGGAGUUAGAGUUGGAGGGUAUGAACGUUGAUGAUAGUUUUAUUAGUUUAGAUUUUAACAUAGAUGAAUUUAUAAAUAGUAUAGAUAUAGACAACCACAUUAAAUAUUGCGACGAGGCCGAAAAUUUGGCCAAGAAUUAG